UAGGUGGUUGGAUGAGAGCUGUGUUUGUUUAUUCUGUGGCUUGCUGCUUUGCCUCCAUGUUGUUUGUUGUUGCAGGAGUACACGUCUGCUCUGUACCAGUCUCUUGGUGUGUUUGAGGGACAGGAGUUCUCCUCUGAGGACGUGAGUCGCCUCUACCGAAAAGUCUUCCAUGAUCCCUGCAGCGUGAAGGAAGUGCACCUGGCCUUGAAGAAGUUUCGAGAAGGAGGCAACCGGUGGUCCUGUGUCGGAGAACACAUUUUGGAUGUCCUCACAGAAAUGAAGAGCGCAAAGGAUAGGAAAGAAAAGUUAUUUUGGGAACUCCAGCUGCUCAGUGUCAACACUCAUGUGAAAAAGUGUCCACACCAAAGCUCCUGCACACAGGGGAAGACACAGAUGGAAGAAGGAGAGCACAUCUGCAGUGUGAGAGGCCUCCGCAAGGCAGCCAGACACAGCUGGGCCAAACUGGUGACAGAGGGUGUGCAAAGUAUACUGGCCUGUCCCAGGAAACGUAAUAACACAGGGGUCAGAGGUCAUGCCUGGGGCUGUGUGUCCGUGUCAGACAUCCUCCUGUUGAUGGAAGCAAAGUAUGACGUCGUCAGUCGUUUGCUUUAUGCUGACAUGUUGCAGGAACACCACACUGUGAAUGAGUGGGAGGCUCUGCCGCCAUGGCGACGUCACAAAGAAGAGGUUUGGUUAGAGGAUCUUGCAGAGGAGGCUUUGGAGUCCAACGACAUGCUCCGUUUGGCUGAACUGCCGGGAGCAUUCAAAAUAUACAGGGUGUGCCCUGAGUCCAGUCGAGAGUGCUUCACUGCUGUUUCUCUCCUGUACAAAUUAAACACAUCACGUCACCAAGAAAGAGAAAGCCUAACAGCCUUGGCAGAGAAGCUGGAUAAGGAGAGCCUGAGGCUGGUGUGUCUGCAUAUUAGGUUUGCAACGCUCAGAGCUCAAAGAGAGAAAACUUGCAAUGAUGCAUAUUUAGGUGUACAACAAUCCUGGAACAUGUGGCCGCAUGUUCACAAUCCAUGCAGGCAAGAGCAGGCUGCUUCAUUACUGCACAGUGAAGAAGUACAAGAACACGUGAGAGACUCACAAUCAUCACAGCAGGCUUUGCUCCAGUUGCUGGUGCUCGCCCAGGAAGAGGAGAGGAAGCACCUGAUCAGCAUGCUACAUGGUGUCACCCUGGAGGAUGUGCAAAGACCAGGUUCCACAAAGCCUCCUAAAGCAGAUUGUGUAGAAAGGCUGAAACAAAUUCGCUCCAGCUGGAAAACGUGCAGUGACAAUGAUAAACCCCAGUCUGACGUCAUCAGCAGCCCCCCUACGGAGUGGUCCCAGGACCAGCUGGAACGGGUGUGCUUGAUCCUCUUGACCCACGUCAUAGAGCUCCAAGAGAGGGAGGCAUCUUCGUUACUUCAAGAGCUGAUGGACAAGAGUGAGCAGCAUCUCCAAGAACUUCGAGAAGCGUUUGAAUCCAAACUCCAAGCCCAUCACCACGCCAACCUGCUCCAACUCAUGAAAACAGAACCUCCGUCUACAACUUCAGACUCACAUUCAAGCCAGGAGAAAGUCCAAGAUCAGUCCGGUUGUAGUGGCCCUAAUGAAAACCAGAACCUCACUGCUGGACCACCUCAGUCUCUGACAACAACCAAUGCAAUCAGCAGUGAAGUAAAUGGAGUCCAAACUGAAGAAGUACCUAAUAAACAGGGGGUUUGUGCAGGCUGUGGAGUGACACUGGGGAGUCUGCCCUAUUUGGAGGUCUUGUGUGUUCCAGAUAAAAAUGGUGAAGAAGGUGGGCACGGUGAUGAGGAACAGGACAGUAAAACAAAGAACCAGAACUAUGAUGAACAGGACUCUCUCAUCACUCUGGCUUGGAGCACACGGCCAGAGGACCACACUAGUCGUGAGGGUGAUGCUGUCAAGCUCCAAACUGAUCCAUUUGAGGGGCACAGCACAGCUGAACAUUGCAGAGCAGCAGCUGGAGAAAGCCACACCGAGAAGUUGAGACCUUCUCUGACCCAGAUGACACACACUACGUUAGGAGAGCUAGACUCUCUGGACAUGAAGCAACAUGACCUCUGCUCUGCAGUGUCCAGCGAGACAGUUGAUAAAGCCCUGGUGAAGGGACAUUGCCACAAAGCAGAGAGGGAUACAGAAAUUGAUUCAUCUUCACUGAUGAAGCACGAGCGAGCCAGUGGACCAGUCUCUGCAGUGGAACGAGAGAAGACGAUGCGUAAACUGGUGGACGUGCAUAGACGGGCGGAAAGGAAACAGCAAAGAGACAGAGAGAGACAGCAGCUGAGGGUCCAAGAACGUCUGUCCAUCAUCCAGAGCAGAAAGGCGGAGGACGAUUUGUUUGGCCAUAAACACAGAGACAGGAUGAGACAUCUGACAAAAGAGCUAUCCCAGGAGGACAAGAAUAAGCAGAAGACAAUGGUCAGAGAGAAACUCGAGCAGCUCAGAAGAGAACGUUCUUUUAUUAUGCAGUCCAGAAGAAAAAAGAACACAGCUGGAUUGAAGGAUCUGCUGGAUCCAGUGCUCCCCCAAAGCAGAACAGAAGACAGGGUGGACACUGACAGUACAAUUUGGUUUGAUUACUAAAUAAUGUAAGAUUACUAAAUAAUGUAUACUUGAUUCAAGAUACAUUUGUCACCUCACAUCUUCUUUGCUGUCAUAAUGAACAU